UCCGGUUUAUAAUCAAUCUUUGUUGUACAGCAUUUUCAGACAACGUUUUGUAGUGCUUAGGCCGUUUUAGGUUGUAGUCUACUGAAAAAAAUAUAAUGAAGCAUUGCAGCUAAGACACUGUCAUAGUUAAAUAUGACAAAUCCUGACAUUGGUAUCUACUCCAACAACAACUACGUCCCAGACAUUGGACAAUUUGGUCACCAACCUGACAUCAUCAACAACUACACUCCAAUGCAGAAUAACCAGGGAGGAUGCAACUAUCCAGGGAAUUUUACCUUUGCAGUUCCUACAUCAGCAAAUCAGCUGACUGCAGGUUUCACACAAACAAGCCAACCAGCUGGCCUUUAUUCCAACACAUACAUGAACCCUCAGCAAGUUGUUCCAGGGAUGGGAGCAACAUGGCAGCAUACAGUUCCAAACUACAUGCCAUGGACUGAUCAAGUUUAUGGCAUGGUGAACUCAGGGAUGUCAAGGGUCUCCACUUUUACGGGGAACUCAACAGUGUCUCAGAGUUACAACACAGUGCCAAGUCCGCGACCAUCUUGCAGUGGUCCAGCUAGGAGAAAUAAACGUCAUGCAACAGAGGAUAUUGAAGCAGGUUCUCCAGAGAAUAAAAUAUUUCUAACAGAAGAAAAAAUGGCAGACAGAAUGCAGAGUUUAAACAUAGGUACGAGAAACCUUUCCCCACCGCCCAUACAGCCUUUGCCUGAUGUUGUGUUAUCCAGUAAUAUGGAUGCGCAAUAUUGUAAGGAAGCAGAAGGGCUGCAGCGACUAAAGGAACUGGAAAAAAGGCUUGAAGAUGAUGUUUCAGAAAGCAGAGAUAGGGAAAAUAAGAGGAAAGAAAAACCUAAACUAAGGCUAAAGCUGAAUUUACCAGAAAAAGUAACAGCCAGUAUAUUUAACCCAUCACCAAUACUGCCAAAGAAAAUAUUAGAGGACAUAAACAACUCAAACUUGCAAGUAGUGCUAUGGAAGCCACCUUUAGGGCGGCCAGCAAACUCUGAGAAGUCACAUGAUCAGGACACGACUGACAAUGACAUAGACGAACCAGUUAUAGCAAUGGCAGAGCAAGAUAGUGAUACUCUCCCAUCAUCUCCACUAUUCAGUUUACCAGAAGAAGACAUUGACAUGGAUGAAGACACCAUGGAUCUGGACUAAGAAGACACCCUGGAUCUGGACUAAGAAGACUCGGUUUUUUUAUGAGAUUUUGUGACAGUGAGUUAUGACAUGAUGUAAGAGAGCAGUAUGAUUGUUGAUUGGCCAUAAUGUGUGGGUUUUUACAUUAAUAUUUGUGCAUUUUUUUUUUUUGGUGCAUUUGUAAGACUAAGUACCGGUAUGAAAAAUCAUGCUCACUUCCCAAGUCUAAAUUCUAUAGAAAUAUUGUUACCGUUUUAUAAUUCAUAAUGGGACAAAUAUUCCAUGGCCUGCAGUGAACUUAGUUUUGAAUUCACAACAGUGCAUUUAGUUUUACCACCACAAUACCAGUGAGCAUACAUGUAUUUCAUUGAUGGUGCUAUAACCACAAUCCUGAUAUUAAGUCACAUUUCAAAGAUUUUUUUCAGUAAAUGGACAAAUAGACUAUAAAUAAAACUUUUUUACAAGUACACAGUAAAGAGGGGAUGUUACAUGUAUUGUGUAUCUAUAGAGCACUGCUAAAUUUGGAAGGAUCUGUCAUAAAAGAACUUGUUCAAUGAUGUGUGAGAGGUUGUUAUUUUACAUUUUUAUCACAAAUUCCUAUCAUGACCUUCAGUCAUUGUCGUAUCAAUGCCAAAAUUGCACUGUUUGAUUUCAACAUUUCAUUUGAUGUUGUUUUCUAUUUCUGAAAUAUAAUUUCAGUGUGAGAAAACGAAUUAAGGUCACAAUUAGAAUGUCAUUUCAUUUGUUUAGUUAUUAAUUCAGGAAUGGGAGCCAUUAUAGAUAAAUUAACUUCAUCCUAUACCUAACCUACUUAGCUAUAGUUUUUGUCUAUUGUACAAGUGUUCUCUGACACAAAAACAGAGGUAGAAAAUCACAGAGGUUGAGAAAACAUUUCAGUUUGAGGAGGUAAAUGCAAUUAUUGAAAGGAUGAGCAUUGUUAUUUUCAUAAUUUGUAUACUAUAUGUAGCACAUGUAUGUUCUGGUGAAAAAGAUUUUUAAUGCAAUAUAUAUGGCAAUAAAAAUUUUGAGAGAGUC